UAGUCAGCAAUCAUUCGGGAACCCGCGCGGACGUGCAGUGCAGACACACGUUGACCAGAACGACGACGACGGAAGACGGGUGCUAUGUUGUUCUUCCUGUCUCUCACCCUCCAUCUCUCAGCAGUAUGGUGCGGGCUCAAUUCUGGUAGAGGGACGGUUGCCGUUCUCGCUUUGAGUUCGGAUUACUCGUCGAUGGGUACUCCGAAAUUUUGCAGAGAAACAAUCGCUGUGCUUCGCUCAUGUCGUACAUACUAUCCCCACGCUGAAUAUACUGCUUCUCUAUGUCCGCCCGCGAUUCUCUCUCGGAUGGCCUUUGCGUGACUCGCGACACC